UUUCUGCCCCUGCCAGCUGGAGCUCAGGGGAGGGGGGGAAGAGAGAGAGAGAGGGAGGGAGAGAGAGAGAGAUGAGUGGACAUGAAGUCAACAUGAGUGGACUUCCCUCUUCUUUUCAAAUUUUAUUAAAGUUUGUUAGGUCAAAGGAGGUCAAGGGAGGAGAAAAAGAGGUGAAAAGAGAAAGGCAAAAAAGUAGUGACUUUUCCCAACUUUUUUCAAUGCAGUAACAUUAAAAUUUUUUUAUCUUCAAUCUUUUUGUUGUACAUUUCUAAAUAUUUCAAACCCUUUCUAUAACAACAAAGUUAUUUUACUCAUCGAAACCUAAAAUCAAAGUUUCAAUGUUUUUGUUUUUGAGCAAAAAGUCCAGAAGCGGUUGCCAGUGUGGACUUUAGACAACAUUCCUUGUCCUCUUUGUCCUUCUGUUCCGGGAUCUUGUGAGACUUUCCUCCAGUUGAGUGACGGAGAGAGAGACCCCACGAUGGAGGAGAGGAAGAAGAAGAGCCCCAAGGCUCACCUCAGCCAACCGGUGCCUGCAAGUGCGCUGCGCAAGCUGCCUGGCCCGGCCAGCAAGAGUGCCUCUUUCUCGCUGGGGACGCCACACCUCCCGUCUCCAAGGCCAAGAGCCAAGUUUAAGAGAGCAAGCAAGGAGACGUCACGAGUUCCCCAGCUUGGGGGCAAUGCGGGGUCUGUGGUGGGCACCCCCCUGCAGCAUUCCUUCCUGACCGACGUCUCUGAUGUGUAUGAAAUGGAAGGGGGUCUCCUUAACCUGCUGAAUGAUUUCCAUUCAGGGAAGCUGCAAGCUUUUGGCAGAGAAUGUUCCUUUGAGCAGCUGGAACAUGUGCGGGAGAUGCAGGAGAAACUUGCCCGCCUGCACUUCAGCCUGGAUGUCUACGUGGAGGAACUUGUGGAAGAUCAGAAGAAAACUGUGGCUGACAGGAAUCUGGACCAGCUGUUGACCAAUCUGGAAGAACUCAGCAAUUCCAUACAAAAGCUUCACCUGGCUGAAAAUCCUGAUGUGGAAGAAGCGCCCAAUGCCUAAAAGAGGCAUCGGGAAGGGCCAGGCCGGCCCCCUUCUGACGAGGCCUCAAGAAAGAUGCCCUACAAGGAUGUCUGGCAGGCAACUACUUCUGAAUUGUGCUAUAAAAAGGUUAGGGGCUGCUGGUUGGAAAGACAUAGAGACACAUAAGCAGCAGGACUGGAGAUCGCAGGAGGCAGAAAGCUCAAGGAAAAAAAGUGUGUUCUGCAUGGCUACCGAAAAACAAAGGAAGAAGGAAGGCAAAGGAGAGGGACUGGCCAGGAUGCUGAUCUUCCACAUUGGCACCCCGAGUUGAGAUACCUUCUUUUGCUCAGGUGUGGCAAGAGGAGGCGGCUUUUGGUUUCCUUCCCCUUGCAGUGUUGCUCCAGGUUCCAUAACUGACAAACCUCUCUGGAAGUUUGGGAUGAGCAGCAGACACAGCAGCGAUGACGGCCCUGCAUUCUCUCUCCUGCUGUGUGAGCUGGGCACCUCUAAUUUUAAAUAGUUUUGUUUUUGUAAUGCUACAUGAGUUUGAUCUCCUGCUUCCUGUGCCUGCUUGCACAUGGCCUUGGUCUGAGAGCUAUAUAUUAUUCUUUCCAAGAACACAAUUACUUUAUUAGAGGUGGGACAAUUGCUUUGGGGGGAGUUUGGAAAAAGCUCUCAUUAUUCAUGAUGAUACUUUUAUAUGCCUCCUUUUUCACUUGGAUUUAUAGAUGUGGGCAACAGAUGAAUUCCAACAACAUCAAACGUGAAAGCGACUGGGGAACAUUUUGUGCUGAGAUGAUUCUUGAGAACAUAAUUAUCGCUGCACCCCCCCAUACCCCUCCCCCAAAUCUCCCUGGCUGGGGAUGUGCAGGAGAAGGAGCAGACUGAGCUGCUUGGUUUGCUUGUCACAGAGGUUGACUCACAAACAGAUGGAGAGACCUCCUGCUCAGCAGUGGGGAAGCAGGGAAUUCCAUCCCCAAAACUACUUGGAUCUUCGAUUAGCCUAUUUCCAGAAGGCUUUCUCUGUUGCUGGAAUUGGGGGCGGUUUAUUCCUUUGUAAGCGAUUUAGUUCACUUCCAGCUGCAGACUCUGGUUCCUGUGAGCCAUCAAUGUAGUGCUGAGAGUGGGGAAGCCAUGACUCUUGGUCAUAAAAGAAAAAACAUUUGAAAUGACGCUCUCUGGUUUUGAUUACUUUGAUUAAACGGGAGGGUGCUGCUCAUUUUGAGAUCUUCCUGUAGGAAAGGUGUGGGGUAGAACUUGUGGACUUGAAC